UACACAGUAUAUAAAAAAAAUACAAGCACGGCCCCUUUGAGGCUAGUUGAGGUAUUGUUCAGUGAGCACAAGAACGUCUAUGUCCCUUUUUUCUUUCACUCUAUCUCUCUUCCUCUCUCUAUUUUCUUAUUUAGUCAAUUCCAAUAGAAUAUAAUAGAAUUCAGUCACAAUUUUGCACACAAUGGGCCGAAAAGGAGCAGCCUCCAGCCACCGAAACCGCAAGGACAAUUCGGAAAGCAACGACCGCAAAGGCAAACGCCUCGUCCGCAUCAAUCACAACCACAACCACAACCACAACCACAACCACACAUAUGACACAGACGAUUUUUCCUCACUCAACCGUCAACUCAAGCAAAACGGGCUUUACUGCAAGGACAUAGCUGGCGACGGCAACUGCCUCUUCCGCUCACUCGCCGACCAAGUAGACGGCACACCAGACACCCACCAGCGCCACCGCUCCGCUGUCUGCGACUACAUGGAGAGACACCCAGAUGAAUUUGCACCCUUCAUGGAUGAGUCGCAGGACUUUCCAUCGUACCUGCGCAAUAUGCGCCAACUAUCUGUCUACGGCGGGAAUCUAGAGCUAGUAGCGUUUGCGAGAAACUAUAGAGUGGAUAUUAAGGUUUACCAGAUGGGCGGCACAGUGUUUGUCAUUAGCGGGGCGCCCGCCGGGGAUCCUUUGGAUUCAAAGAGGAGUAUGCCGACGGUGCAUAUAGCUUAUCAUUCGUACGAGCAUUACUCGUCUGUGCGUAAUAGUAGGGGCCCGCAUACUGGGUUGCCGGAGGUCAAGGAACGUGAUAACGAGUUUUUGUCAUUUGUUCCCUUGUUGGAACAUGAUCCUCGGGCGUUGAAGCAUAGGAAGAUCGGACGUGUCGAUGCCACCUUCAUGGUCAUGCCUAAUGCUGUUAUGCCCGAGGCUGUCGCUGUCAAUCUAUCCGCCAACCACAAGGGAACUAUCCAACCAUCAUCCUCCCGCUGUGGUGGUGGUGGUGGCAGCUGUAUUAUAACCUAAAUGUAAUUUUGUACUUUUAAACGAGCAAUGGGAGGAAAACACCCGGUCUACGUAAACCCUAAUACUAAUACUAGU